AUGGACGGACGGACAGUCGGCGGUCGCAUGGAUGGCGCUGAGCGGCCGGCCAGCGCCCCAGUACCAGAGCUCCGCCGGAACCAGUCAGCGCUAUUUGCGUUUUCGUCGCAGCUCGGCAACUCGAACAACACAGUACGAGCUCAUGUUCGAUAUUGCCCCGGAGAUCCACGGAGAGGAGGCAUUCGGCUGCCUGCGUUGGACAAAAUCCACUGCAACAAGAACUUCUAUACAGACUUAUUCCCGAGAAAAGGAGCAGUUCUGAAGACGUCAAGGAUCCCAGAAGGCUCUGAAGAAGGCGAUAUUGCCGAAACGUUAGCCACGAAUAAAGGACUAUAA